AUGCGGUCCAUUCUGUUGGCCUCAAGCCUACUAUUUGCGACCAGCUCAGUUGCCAAACCCUUCAAUAUGCUAGCAGCCCGUGCUGAUAGUUCCUUCGUGGGAUGCUAUAGCAGCUCGGAUGGCCUCGGGACCUCGUACUCAUAUGAAUUUCAAAGUUCAGGAUGGUGUACAAACAAAUGUUCAGGGUCAGCUGCGUUUGGUUUAACUGGUGGUUCCGACUGCCUCUGUGGCAAUUUAAUACCUCCAUCAUCAGACAAGGUUGACUCCAGCAAGUGCAAUUCAAACUGCGAUGGAUGGCCCGAGGAUAAGUGUGGUGGUAAGGGAUACUAUUCGGUGUACACAUUGAAAGACAAUGUUGGAACUUAUUCUUCUUCGUCUUCAUCGAAUAGUUCUAGCAGCGACAAUUCAACCGCUACUGCAACCAGUACUGGUGCUGUUGUAUCAACCAACUCUGGUGGUGAGACCGUGACUAUGACGGCUGCCAGUGACAGUCAAAACAUUGAUCCUACUCAGACUGCCGAGGAGCAGAAGAAGAAGGACGGUCACAACACUGCCGCAAUUGCAGCUGGUGUUGUGGUUGGCGUGGUCGGUGUGGCCGCUCUGGCUGGUGCUGCCUUCUUUUUCUUCCGAUCCCGCAAGCAAAAGGCCCAGGGAUCUCAACUGGGUGGUGGCAACGGUCGCAACUCAAUGCCAGCCAUGGGAGAUUCGAGAUUUGACGGCCAAUUUAUGGCUCAGCGCCGGCAGAGCAAUGGCAGUAUCGACGACGAUCACGACUUUUCGCGCCGAAUCCUGCAGGUAACCAACCCGGACCGUUAA